CCAGUCACAACUUGAGGGGAUUGUUGUUAAGUCUUCAGUCAGCUGCUGAUCUGGCUGAGCCUGGCCCCACAUCCAACUGUAUUAAUGUUGUAAGGUCCAAUGUUCUGGAGAGUGCUAUGAGGACAUUCAAGAGGCAGGCCUUUAACCCCACAAAACAGUUGGAUGUUGUCUUUGUAGAUGCGUGUGGAACUGGGGAAGGGUCAGUGGAUAGUGGGGGUCCCUCCCGGGAAUUUAUAAGGCUCCUCAUGAAGGGAAUCUUGGAGUCGCGAUACUUUGUGGGGCCCCAGAACUGCAAGAGCCUUGCUCUUGAUUCCCUUGGCUUGUCUAGAGAAACGUACAAGAUUUUGGGCAUGAUGUUCUCUGUCUGCCUUGUCCAUGGGGGGGUGGGACCCCGUGUGCUAUCCAAGCGGCUAUUUGCACAACUGUCAGGACUCCCUGCUCCCCCUGUGGAUAUGAGAGAGGUUGAUGACACAGAGCUACGUGAAGAACUGGAAAAGAUCCAAAGGUCAGAGACUGUGGAAGAGGCCCGCACAGCCAUGAUAGAGGCAUCUAACAGCCUACACAUGCUUGGUGCGCUGUGUAGGGUGUCGAACCUAGAGGAGAGAGAUGCCAUGGUUCAGGCAGCCCUGACAUAUUAUUUAGAGGGACGUACAGAGAUGCCACUAAAACAACUAAAAGAAGGACUGCAGACGUUAGGGGUCCUAAAUGCCCUGAAGGAGCACUCUCGACUUCUGGAGGAACUUUUUAGUGGUGGAGCGCCCACCUUGACUGCUGCCUCCUUGCUUGACCUAUUUAAAGUUCAGUACUCUCCUAGUGGAAGCAGUAGGAGGGCUUUGGAGGAGGUCACAAUUGCCUUUUGGAGGGAUUGGAUCAUCGAAGUUGAAGAUGGGGAUGCAGCAGUGGAGGUAGAAGGUGGAAAAAAAAUAGAAAUAGCCCUUGAAGAUGUGCUUGUGUUUGCUUCUGGGGCAUCUGCCAUUCCUCCAUUUGGUUUCAGAGAAAAUCCAAGGAUUACUUUCCUUCAUGAGGAACUGAAUGGCAACCAACGGAUGUUCCCAGAAGCAAACACUUGUGCCCCUCAGUCAUAA